UGUUCCUCAGCCAAUAUGAUAUAAUUCCCUCGCAGCUCUGUUGCUCAAACUAGCUGCCAUCAAGUAGAAUACCGCUUCUGUCGCUUAAAACGGGCCAGGUGCAGCGACCAGGAUGACUUCCAACGAAUACCAUAUAAUGGCAACAUCACCCCGUGAGCUUACUCAGAACCCGCUGAAGAAAAUAUGGAUGCCAUGGAAAAACGGUCUCUUUGUACACAUUUUACAAAGAAGGGUAUGUAUGACCAACUGUCCCACCCUCAUUGUGACGGUGGGCCUCCCAGCGAGAGGGAAGACCUACAUCUCCAAGAAGCUGACCCGCUAUCUCAACUGGAUUGGUGUGCCAACCAAAGAGUUCAAUGUGGGUCAGUACAGGAGGGAGUGUGUGAAGAUCUACAAGUCUUUUGAGUUUUUCAAUCCAGACAAUGAAGAGGGGCUGAAGAUCAGGAGGCAGUGUGCACUGACGGCGCUGAAUGAUGUGUGCCAGUACCUGACUGUGGAGGGGGGCCAGGUGGCGGUGUUUGAUGCCACUAACACCACCAGGGACAGGAGAGGGACCAUCACCAGGUUUGCAGAGCAGAAGGGAUUUAAGGUGUUCUUUGUGGAGUCUGUGUGUGAAGACCCGGAUGUCAUUGCGGAGAACAUAGCGCAAGUGAAGCUGGGUAGUCCUGACUACAUAGACUGUAAUACAGAGGAGGUCAUCGAGGACUUCAUGAAGAGAAUCAAGUGCUACGAGAACUCUUACCAGCCACUGGAUGAUGUUCUAGACAGGGAUCUGUCCUACAUUAAGAUCAUGGACGUGGGCCGGAGAUACCUGGUGAACAGGGUGCUGGACCACAUCCAGAGCCGCAUUGUCUACUACCUAAUGAACAUCCACAUCACACCACGCUCCAUCUACCUGUGUCGCCAUGGAGAGAGUGACCUCAACGUCAAAGGACGCAUCGGAGGAGACUCAGGCCUGUCUGGCAGGGGCAAGGAGUUUGCAAAGUGUCUGCGGAAGUUUAUCCAGGAGCAGAACAUUAAGAAUUUGAAGGUGUGGACCAGCCAGAUGAAGAGAACCAUUCAGACAGCUGAGGCCGUGGCUGUGCCCUACGAGCAGUGGAAUGCUCUCAACGAGAUCGAUGCUGGUGUGUGUGAAGAGAUGAUGUAUGAGGAGAUCCAGGUACAUUUCCCUGUGGAGUUUUCACUUAGAGACCAGGACAAAUACCGCUACCGCUACCCUAAAGGAGAGUCCUAUGAGGACCUGGUGCAGCGGUUGGAGCCAGUCAUCAUGGAGCUGGAGAGGCAGGAGAACAUCCUGGUCAUCUGUCACCAGGCUGUCAUGCGCUGCCUGCUCGCUUACUUCCUGGAUAAGAGUGCAGAGGAGCUGCCUUACCUGAAGUGCCCUUUGCACACUGUAUUGAAGCUGACCCCUGUGGCGUAUGGAUGUAAAGUAGAGUCUGUCUGGUUGAAUGUGGAAGCUGUGAACACCCACAGGGACAGGCCGGAGAAUGUAGACAUUUCACGGAUGCCGGAAGAAGCCCUGUUCACAGUCCCCGCCCACCAGUGAUGAGUGACAGCGCACAAAGUUUAGAUUCAAUCAGUUCUUCCUUAACCUGCGAUAACUGACAACUGCAUAGCAGUUGCAUUGCUUUUAUUCAUGGAAUGUCGGAGGUGUAACUGCGUUAGAGCUGUCAAAUCAGGAUACCUAUUGCGGACAUUUCCAUUUUAUGUGCCGAGUCGCAUUAGUAAUAAUCCCAUGCAGCCUUGUUACAAGUUUGAACACUGGAAUGUGUUGUAAUAUACACCUCGAUUAGGCUGAUAUGAAUCCUCAUUAUUUAGGUUAAUGAUGUUCAAUUUGAGUAUCAUUAUUUCUAUAUAGCCUAGACUUUCUCGUUCUGAACUUCUAACGUGAGUGGGACGGGUGUGGCUUCCUGACAAUAACCGCACGAGCAGCCGCUCAGAUUAGACAGCUCUAAAGCAGUUCCACCUCCUAAACACCAGCUAUGCGGGUGUUGGCUACCGCUGGUUAAUGCUUGAUCUGAUUGAAUCCAGGCCCUAGACUCCAAAGUGACAUCACUCACCAUGGCUACUUCAUCUACUCAAUCAGAAAUCAAUGCAAAUUGCCGAUAACGACGCGUAAUCCCUGCCCCGGUUUCGGUAAAAAGCUGAGGGAUGGGCUGGAGAAAUGUAACUAUUCUCAAAUUCAUAGCUAGAGCUAUAGAUGCAUGGGCUGACCAUCCAUGAUAUCAACAUUGAGUUUUAACCAUGUUUUGAGGUUAUAUAGUGUUUGUUUACAAACAUUGGAGUAGAAGCUUAGAUUUUGGGUUCAUCAUUAAUUUAUAAGUCCAAAAAUGUAUGUAGCGACUGCUGAUUUCCCCUUUUUAAGGUUCUUUAAAAAAAAAAAAUACUUGUUUAAUCUUGUGUUCUUCACCUGAUCGGUUUCUUUCCUUCUGUGGAAAAUCGACUGUGUUUAGACAGGCAUCCCAAUCCUGAUCUUGUUUCCACAAAUUGGUCUUUUGACCAAUCAUAUCAGAUCUUUCUCAUAGCUGACAUGAUUGGUCAAAAAAACAAUUUGUGAAAAAAUAUCAGAAUUAGGCUGCCUGUCUAAACGCAGCCGUCUAGACAACUGGAAUCCAGUUCAAUGGUGAUUCACCCCACUAUCGGGGUAUGUGUGCCUCCGAGUGUGUUUUGUAUGUGUGUGAGUGUAUUCUGAACAAUCUGAUGUGAAACCUUUUUUUAUAUACAUGACAUAUGGCUUUUAAUCAAAUUGUAAAGUGUCUUAACACUGGCUGCAUUUACACAGGCAGCCCAGUUCUGAACUUUGUCCACUAAUUGGCCUUUUAACCAAUCAGAUCAACUCUUUUGCCAAUCAUCUGGCAAAGAUCAGAAUUGGCUGCCUGUGUAAACUAAAUGUAAUACUCCUUGUUCUUAGUAUUUUAGUUUUUGUCCAACCAUUUGUCUGUUAACAAGUGUUUGUUUUUUAAGCUGUUUUUUUAUUUUGUGAAUUUCCUAUUAAACCGACUAUUGCGUUUACCCGCUGCAGAAGAUGUGAUAUUUGGAAUCGGACUCUAGGUGGGGACAUAAAUUGUAGGUCUUUUUAAAAAGAUAUAUAUACAUGUCUGGUAUAACAGACAUAUAAAGGUGGUUUUGCACAUCUAUUUUUUCAAUCAAGGUCAUCUUCGUCUAGUUAAAAUCUAAACUGAUUGACUUUUUUCAUGUUGCAUCAGUGAUCUGCUAUAUCUAGAAUGUGUUUGGCUCUUGCUCAAUGUCUAAAAUGCUGCUGUAGUUUAGCAUCUGUAGUAUCAUGACAAAUCAAUUGAAAUGACUACUAAUAUCUGUGUAAACAUAAGUAAUGAUCACCAUAAUAAUCAGGUCUCAGUAAUGCUGUGAAUGUCAUUAAAUCGCUUGCUGGUUGUUUAUCGUUUUCAGCAUGUUCACCAUGUCUUGUUUGUUCAUUUUGACUUGUUUGUCAACGUGCCAAUAAUAUGAUGCAUUCAAUGUAAAUAUCUACAUCAUCCAAAUGGAAUAAAUAUUUUUUUGUUAAA